AUGAAACGUUGUGGUAUUUGGGAAGAAGUCACGCGAGUAUACGAAUGUAUUACAACCAUAAUUAACAUACAUAUUAAUGUACUGACUGCUCGGCUUUGCCGAAGUACUGGGCGGUUGGCUCUAAGGUUGGCUCUGAACGGCUGUGUUCGUUUCGCAUCUGGAACCAUAAAUGAAAACGAUGCAAAAACAGAUGCGGUUGGGAAAAGCUAUGUGAGGGGUGUAAAAGAACAUACUGCCAGUGUACCGGAAUCCGGUGCCAGAAAAAUGAUCACGCUUGAAGCACUCGUCCGUGGAAUCGAAAUCUCCCGAAGCAGGUCAUCCAUGCCUACAGGACGGUUCUUGGAGGAGUCAACAAAACGUGUCAAAGUAACACAACAGUGUUAUGAAGAUAUGAUAAGGCUAGAGAAGAAGCCAUCGGGGUGGAAGGCAAGCACAGUAAAGAAGGUUCAAAGUGUUCAGAAACAGACACUGUUGAAUCCAGGGAUCUUCUUAGAGCACGGGAACCAGCUUUACACAACGUGGUAUGACAUCAAAAAAGCGUUCGAUUCAGUAAAUCAUGUAUAUCUGAUUAAGUGCAUUGAAAGGCUUAACAUGCCACAGUGGAUCAGCAGGUUUCUGAAAAGCAUCAUCUCCAGAUGGUCAGUUACAUUAAAAAGCAAUGUAGAAAUUAUAAUGGAGAAGGAAAUAGAGCGAGAAUUUUCCAAGGUGAUAGCCUUUCUCUGCUGCUGUCCAUCCUGUGCAUAUGGACGUGUUGAGCCGUCUGCUCAAUAUAAGGUACCCAAAGGUGGCGAUUCCAACUGA